AUGAAGAGUGCCUGGCAUACUUUGAGUUCACGAACGAAACCAUCAGCGUGUGCGCUCAGGGGAAAUUUACAGGCGUACGAGAUGCAGGAGCUGCAAUGGGGAAUAAAUGCCUUGUUGAUGACCUAUGAGCGUGAACUUCAGCGAAGCUCAGACAAUGAUGUGUAUAUGGGAUCCGCUGUGGAUCUUGACCUGCCCAUCAGUGCGGGUAACAGGACAAAUGGGACAUAUGGUUGCACAGAUGUCCUUAUGGCAUAUGAUGAAGUUGGACCCCUCGCCAUCGUUCUGGUACCUUUUCACUCCAGUUACCAGAUGCCGAAGAAAAUAAAUCUCAUCCGAGGCCUACACAAAGGCAUGAAUAAGUACAUAGAGCGUCACUGCAAAAGGAUGCAUCCUGUCACUGAACGGUUAUGGGAGCGCAUGUACAUAGUGCUCCAAACAGCAAUGUUGGGCAUUGAUGUCGAUGACAUUGUGCUGCCUGAAGCAUGUUAUAAUGGAGAGCUGACCACUGAGGUGGAAAACCAGAAUGUAACACAGAUCAUUCAUUCUACGCCGAUCAAUGACUAUCUUAUCUCACCUGCUAUAGCACGACAAAUUUUCGACCAAGUCGAAAAUCUCAUUCCCAAAGUGAAACGUGGGUUGCAGUCCCUCGGGGCUGCACUAAGCACUAAACCAUCAGCUCCAAUGGGUGGCCGUCUGACAGGAUAUCCUGCCACAAUGCCAGGAGAGUUUGCAGAGAGUUGA